GGGAAAGGGAAACGGGUAUAACUACCUAUCUUCACCUCGACCACAACCACAUUUUGCCACAUCUCGCUUGAGAUCCAGAUCCAGCUACUACUGGUAUCCGGACUGCUACUAGUUAGCACUUAGAGCCAAUUCAACAUGAGCCCUGCCGAAACAGCCAACGGCGUAAGCCCUCCUCCACACGUCAACGGGGUCAAUGGCGUGCAGAAACCAAAGACGGAGCCAUUGGCCAUCGUGGGCAUGGCCUGCCGCUUCGCCGGUGGCAUCACCAACCCGGACAAGCUCUGGGACUUGGUAUCCUCGGGGCGCGAUGCUUGGUCCGAGGUACCAAGUGACAGGUUUAACCAGAAGGCCUUCUACCACCCCGACUCUCAGAGACUAUCCACUAUGUCUAUGCAAGGAGGGUUCUUCCUACAGCAAGACCCAGGAGUGUUUGACUGCUCCUUUUUCAACUUGACCGCCGACGUGGCUGCGGCCAUGGACCCCCAGAUCCGGAUCCAACUCGAAGUAACAUUCGAGGCCCUCGAGAGUGCCGGCAUCCCGCUCUCCAAAGCAGUCGGGUCCAACACAUCAGUCUACACAGGCUCCUUCACAAAAGACUACCAGGACCUGCAAGUCCGCGACCCCCUGCACACGUCGCGCGGCUUCGUGACGGGCAACUACGCCGCCAUGCUGGCCAACCGUGUCUCCCACUUCUUCGACCUUAGGGGCCCGAGCACGGCCGUCGACACGGGCUGCUCAACCUCUCUGAUGGGGCUACACCUGGCGUGCCAGAGCCUGCGGGCGGGCGAGUCGGACUGCGCCAUCGUGGGCGGCGCCAGCCUGCACCUGAACCCGGACGCCUUCGCCAACCUGUCGGCGCUGCAGACGUGCGGGCCGCACGGCAAGUGCUACGCCUUCGACCACCGCGCGCAGGGCUACGGCCGGGGCGACGGCAUCGCGGCCGUGGUGGUCAAGCGGCUGUCGGACGCCCUCCGCGACGGCGACCCCAUCCGCGCCGUCGUGCGCGAGUCGGCUGUCAACCAGGACGGCCGCACGCCCACCAUCACGGCGCCGAGCGAGGACGCGCAGCGCCGGCUGAUCGAGCACUGCUACAACAUAGCCGGGCUGGACCCGCUCGAGACCUCGGUCGUGGAGGCGCACGGGACGGGCACCAAGGUGGGUGACCCGGCCGAGGCGAGGGCCAUCGGCGCGGCGCUCGGCCGCCACAGAACGGCUGCCGGCGUGCCGCCCCUCUAUGUAGCUUCGGUCAAGACCAACCUCGGGCACACCGAGGCGACAUCGGGCCUGGCGGGCCUGAUCAAGAUGGUCAUGUCGCUGGAGCACCGGCAGAUCCCGGCCAGUCUCAACUUUGAGAAGGCCAACCCAGAGAUCGACAUGGAGGCCACAAACUACCAGGUCCCUACAACCCUCGAACCAUGGGAGACAGACGGCGGCGUUCGGCGUGUCUCGCUGAACAACUUCGGGUACGGCGGCACCAACACCCAUGUGAUAAUGGAGGAAGCCGCCGCACACCUCACCCCGGAACCCCAAACAAACGGCGUCACCCCCACCGUCAACCGCCAGCUCUUCAUCCUCAGCGCGCGCGACAAGGCCGGCGUGGGCAAAGUAGCCGCCAACCUGCGCCAGCACCUCACCCAGCACCCGGACAUCUCCCUCCCCAACCUCGCCUACACCCUCGCCGAGCGCCGCAGCAGGUUCCCCUGGACCUGGACCACCUCAGCCGCCACCGUCUCGGAACUACUCACCGCCCUCGCCGACGACACCACCACCACCACCAACCAACCGACCCAAGCCACCAACGACAACAACGGCCCCCCGCGCCUCGGCUUCGUCUUCAACGGCCAAGGCGCGCAAUGGCACGCGAUGGGCCGCGAGCUGGCGGCCGCCUACCCCAUCUACGCGCAGACGCUGGCCGAGUGCGACCGCACGCUCCAAUCCUUCGGCUGCCCGUGGUCGCUGGUCGACGAGCUGGCGCGGGACGAGGCCGCGUCGCGCGUGCACGAGGUCCGCGUCAGCAUGCCCGUGUCGUGCGCCGUGCAGCUCGCCCUGGUCGAGUUGUUGCGUUUCCUUGGGGUGGUGCCGGCUGCCGUGACGGGGCAUUCGAGUGGGGAGGUGGCGGCGGCGUACGCGGCUGGUGCGGUUACCCUAAGGGAGGCGAUGGCGUGUACGUAUUUUAGGGGGCUGGUGAAUGCGGGCCAUUUGGCGAAGCUGGGGGAGGGGAGUAUGGGCACCAUGAUGGCGGUGGGCUUGGGGCCGGCGGAGGUCCAGGUGUAUCUGGAUAGGAUGGAGGGGGCGGCCAAGGUGGUGGUUGCGUGUGUGAACAGCCCCUCGAGCGUGACGCUUUCGGGUGAUGUGGUCGGGAUCGAGGCGCUUGAGACCGAGUUUGCGGCGCAGCGCAUCUUUGCCCGCAGGUUGAGGGUGCAGGCCGCCUUCCACUCGCAUCAUAUGCUUCCGCUGGAGGAGGAUUAUCGCGCAGCGCUGGAGGAGCACAUGGACACGGAGGGCGAGCGGGCAUUCGCGCCUGGCGUGCGUUUUGUCUCUCCCGUGACCGGUGAGGCGGUUGAAGAUGCCGACAGGCUCGGCCCGGGGCACUGGGUGGACAACAUGACGCAGCCGGUGCUCUUCGCGCAGUCGUUCCAGGCCAUGGUGGCGGCAAAGGAUCAACAGCAGGUGGACAUGGUGGUCGAGGUGGGCCCUCACAGCGCCCUUGCCGGCCCCAUCCGCCAGACUUUGAGGGGUGUCCCGGCUAUCAAGAGCUUUACUGUCGGGUACGGCUCCUGCCUUGAACGUGGCACCGAUGCAGUGCGCACCAUCCAGAACUUGGCCGGAGCCCUUGUGUCAAGGGGCUACCCGGUCGACACCAUGCUGGUCAACGCCCCCCGCGGACAGGAGAGGCUUCGGGCGCUUGCCGGCCUCCCAUCAUACCCCUGGAACCAUAGCCAGCGGUUCUGGCACGAAUCCCGCGAGAGCCAUGAGCACAGGUUCCGAAAGCACUCACUACAUGACCUGCUGGGGUCGCGGCUGGAGGGGGCAAGCGACGGCUCGCCCAUUUGGAGGCACAUCCUCCGCACCGGGGAGCUGCCAUGGGUGCGCGACCACAUUGUGCAGGGUGAUACGGUGUACCCAGCGUCCGGGUUCAUCGCCAUGGCCAUCGAGGCGGUGCGCCAGCUUCAUAGUUCCGAAGCGGACAGCAUCUCUGGCUACCUGCUCAGCGAGGUCGAGAUCCUCAAAGCGCUGGUCAUCCCCGAGGGCGAGAAGGGUGUGGAGGUGCAGUUGUUCCUCGAAGCGCCUAACGAGAAGGCGCUGGCGCAAGGCAAGCGCGUCUUCCGCAUCUACUCGGCUCCAACCACCGGAGCGGAGGGCACAUGGUCCGAGAUGGCAAGGGGCACCAUCGCCGUCGAGAAGGCGGCCACUCCGUUACCUGUCCUGAGGUCGACAGCCAGCAUCGAGUUCGACGAGGCCGCCUAUCACAAAAACAUGAACCCCAAGACUCUAUACGAUGUCCUGCAUGGCGUGGGCGUUAAGCACGGCCCGUCAUUCAGGAAGCUCGUAGACAUCCGCAGGGGAAGCGACGAGGCCAAGUCGACAUUUGAAGUCUGUGACUCGGCGGCCCUGAUGCCGUGCCAGUACCAACAACCGCACGUCAUCCAUCCCAUCACGCUCGACGCCGUCUUCCAGGCCGCCUAUACCACGCUCUCCCCGGAAGCUCGCGAAGCCGUAGGCGCGGCGGUGCCGACGUCCAUCAAGUCGCUAUACGUUUCCUCGGCCAUCAGCUCCGAGCCGGGACACCGCUUCGAGGCCUUCUCCCGCCUCCUCCAGCGCCACCGCUUGGGGUUCAACGUCGCACUCGCAGUCCUCGAGUCGGGGCAGUCCAAGCCGCUGAUCGAAGUCGACACCAUGAAUUUCACCACCGUCGGCGGGACGGGCGCCAGCAGUGACAGCGGCAGUGAUGAGGCGAACACCGCCCUGGCAGCCGCCUCCAAGAUUUGCUCGUUCAUCGACUGGGAGCCCAGCGUCACGCUCAACGACGCCCACACUCAAUGGGCCGAGCGGCUGAAGCGCCCGGCCGACCCAGUCGAGAAGAUCCUGGCACAAGACCUCACCCGCGCGGGUUACUACCUCGUCGCCGACGCUGCGGCGCAGCUGACGGAGGACGACAUCGCCAACCUAGAGAAGCACCACCAGUCCAUGUGGGCGUGGAUGCAGCUGCAGCUCGAGCGGGCGGCUGCGAACGAGCUCGCGCCGGGCAGUGCGGAGUGGGCAAGCACACCAGCCGACGAGCAGUCAACCUUCCUAGACGACGUGGCGGAAGCGAGCACGAACGGGGCACUCGCCGUGCGCGUGGGACGCAGGCUGCUCAGCAUCCUACGCAAGGAAGUUGCGCCGCUGGAGGUCAUGCUCGAAGGCGGGCUGCUGUACAAGUUCUACCAGGACAUGCUGCGGUUCAAGGCCUCAACAGCGCAGCUGGCCGAGGUCGUGGGCGCCCUUGCGCGCGAGAACCCGCGGCUCCGGAUCCUGGAGAUCGGCGGCGGCACGGGAGGCUGCACGCGGCCGGUGCUAGACCACCUCCGCACGCUCAGCGACGGCGGCGUCAACGCGGCCGGCUUCGAACACUACACCUUCACGGAUAUCUCGUCCGGCUUCUUCCAAGCCGCGCGAGAACGCUUCGGCGAGUGGGGCGACCUGAUCAGCUACACGGCGCUGAACAUUGAAGAGGACGCGGGCGAGCAGGGCUUCUCGGAGAAGAGCUACGAUCUGAUCAUCGCGGCGCAGGUGCUUCACGCGACCAAGAACAUGGCGGUGACGAUGCGCAACGUGCGCAAGCUGCUCAAGGACGACGGCAAGCUGCUGAUGAUCGAGACGACCAAGGACAGCAUCGACGUGCAGAUGGCCUUUGGCACGCUUCCCGGCUGGUGGCUGAGCGAGGAGCCCGAGCGGAAGUACAGCCCCAACAUGCCGCUGCCCAUGUGGGAGCCAUACCUAAAGAACGCCGGCUUCACGGGCCUCGACCUCAGCGUGUGGGACUGCGAGGACGAGGAGCACCAGACCAUGAGCGUCAUCAUGUCGACUGCCAUCCCCGAAACCGCACCAGUCUACCCCGACCAGGUGGUGCUCGUGUACGAUGCCACAGCACCGCCGCCACCAGGCUGGCUCGAAGGUCUCGCGUCCACCAUCACCGACACCACCGGGGUAACCCCCUCGGUAACGGACCUAACCUCGCCCGACGUCGAGAACAAAGUGGCAAUCUUCGUCUCCGGGCUCGACGGCGCAGCACAGAACUACCUCGACGACGACUAUUUCGAGUCGAUCAAGGCCCUCCUGCUCAACGUCAAGGGUCUCCUCUGGGUAACCACAGGCUCAGCGAUCGACUGCCCGCAGCCCGAGAACGCUCUACACACCGGCUUCCUGCGCACCUGCCGAGUCGAAGACGGCAGCCGCCGUCUAGUCUCCCUCGACCUCGACCCAGCCCGCCAGCACUUCGACUCCCCCGCCAUCACCCACACCACCAUCACCAAAGUCUUCACCACCGCCUUCAACACCUCCUCCACCAACAACACCAACCCCAACCCCAACCCCGCAAACGACUGGGAAUUCGCCGAGCGCAACGGCACGAUCCUGCUCCCGCGCCUGCGCCGCGACGCGGCCGAGAGCGCCGCCUACACCAACGCGCCCGGCGCGCCCGAGAUGCAGCCCUUUCUCCAGACAGAGCGACAGCUCAAGCUGGAGGUAUCCAAACCCGGUCUGCUGGACAGCAUCGUCUUCCACGACGAUGCCGACGCCGGCGCGCCGCUGCGGCCGGACUGCGUGGAGAUCGAGCCGCGGGCGUACGGCAUCAACUUCCGCGACGUGAUGGUGGCGAUGGGCCAGCUGGACGGCGAAGAGGACUUGGGCGUGGAGUGUGCCGGCGUGGUGACGCGGGCGGGCGAGGAGGCGCGCGCGCAGGGGUUGGAGGUUGGGAUGAGGGUGGCGGCGCUGACGGCGCAGGGGCGGAUUGCCUCGCGCGUGCGCGUGCCGUGGGUGUCGGUCGUGCGCAUGCCCGAUGAGAUGGACUUUGCCGAUGGCGCGAGUGUUUGUGCCGUGUUUGCGACGGCCUACUACUCCAUGUUUGAGGCUGCGCGGCUGGAGCCUGGUGAGACGAUGCUCGUGCAUGCGGCGUCGGGCGGUGUUGGGCAGGCGUGUAUCAUCCUGGCGCAGUGGAAGGGGAUCGAGGUGUACGCCACGGUGGGCACGCCCGAGAAGCGCCAGUUCCUGACCGAGACGUACGGUAUCCCCGACGACCGCAUCUUCAACAGCCGCGAUGUGUCGUUCGGGCCCGGCGUGAUGGCCGCCACUAAGCAGCGCGGCGUCGAUGUCGUGAUCAACUCGCUGGCGGGUGCACUCCUCCACGAAAGCUGGGGUGUCCUGGCGGCACACGGUCGGUUCAUCGAGAUCGGCAAGAAGGACAUCUACAACAACAUGUCCCUGGAUAUGGCCACCUUCCGCAAAGCCGCAAGCUUCAUCGCCGUGGACCUCAUCCAGCUGUGCAACAACCGGGGCCGCGUCAUCAACCGCGUCCUCAAGGCCGUCAUGGACCUGCUCGAAGCCAAAUCCAUCCGCAACAUCUCGCCCAUCGUCACGUACCCCAUCUCCGCCAUCGGCCGCGCCCUCCGCACCAUGCAAGCCGGCAAGCACAUGGGCAAGAUCGUGGUCGUGCCCACAGUCGACGACAUGGUCAAGACCAUCCCCAGCCGCCCGACCGCCACCCUCUCUCCCAACGCAUCCUACCUGAUCAUCGGCGGGCUCGGGGGCAUCGGCCGGUCCAUCGCGCGGUGGGCCGUCGAGCACGGCGCGCGCAACCUCAUCCUCAUCUCGCGGCACGCCGCCGACAGCCCGCACAGCCAAGCCCUGCAGGCCGAGCUCGCCCGGCAGGGCGCCACGGUAGCGGCGCGCAACUGCGACGCCAGCGACCUCGCCAGCCUGCGCGCCGCCCUGGCCGACUGCAGCGCAAACAACAACAUGCCGCCCGUGCGCGGCGUGAUCCACGGCGGCAUGGUGCUAGACGACUCGAUCCUGGAGCGCAUGACAGCAACACAAUGGCGGGCGGCGCUGCGGCCCAAGGUAGCCGCGACCCAAAACAUCCUGACCCUCUUCCCCCCCACCGCAAACGCAAACACGGACACCGACACCGACACCGACACCACGCUCGAUUUCCUAAUCCUACUCUCCUCCGCCGUCGGCGUGCUCGGGUCAGCAUCACAAGCCAACUACGCGGCGGGGGGCUCCUUCCAGGACGCGGUGGCGCGGCGGUGCGCGGCGGCGGGCCAGCCGUGCGUGACGACCAUCGACCUGGGCAUGGUGGACGGGGUCGGGUACGUGGCGGACUCGGACGCGUCGGUGGCGGCGCGGCUGGUGAGUGCGGGUCACCGGCCGCUCUCCGAGGCCGAUAUGCUGCGCCUGAUCGACUAUGCCGUGCGCCGGCCUGUGCGCCGCGAUGGUGGCGGUGGUGGCAGUGUGAGGACUGCGCAGGUCGUGGUUGGGCUGGCGGGGAGUGUGCUCAAUACGAGCCGGAAGAGUAACGAUGGGAGUGGGCCGGGGUGGGCGAGUGAGACGAGGUUCGCUGCGCUGAGGGAGGAGGAUGAUGACGAUUCGCGUGACUCUGCAGCGGCGAGGAAGGGGGGGUCUGGUUUGGGUGGGCUGAAGCAGCGUCUGGCUGGUGCGCGUGGUGUCGAUGAGGCUGUCGGGUUGGUGGAGGGUGCCAUUGUCAGCAAGCUGGCUGAUAUGUUUGUCAUCCCGGAGCAGGACAUCGAUGCCACGCGGCCGCUGGCAAAGCAUGGGGUGGACUCGCUGGUUGCUGUCGAGCUGAGGAACUGGAUCGUUCCCAUGAUGCAGUGCGAGAUGUCCAUUUUCGACUUGAUGCGUGCUUCGUCUCUCCGCGAGCUGGCGAAGAAGAUCGCGAAGAGGAGCAAGCUGGUC